AUGGCAGACAUCACCGACCAGCACGAUCAGACUUCCCCCAAUGAACUCGAUGAGUCUCAGGGAAAUGGUAACCCUGGUGCUCCCGGCACCGGUCCUGAAUCUAGAGGAGUCAAGCGACAGCGCGCCGCGCCCGCCGACGACGACGAUGACGAUGACGAAAAGGGAAACCGCGAGCGUCGCAAGAUUGAGAUCAAGUUCAUCAGCGACAAGUCACGACGUCACAUCACCUUUUCCAAGCGCAAGGCCGGAAUCAUGAAAAAGGCCUACGAACUGUCCGUCCUCACUGGCACCCAGGUCCUCCUUCUCGUCGUUUCCGAGACCGGUCUCGUCUACACCUUCACUACGCCCAAGCUCCAACCGCUCGUCACUAAGGCUGAGGGCAAGAACUUGAUCCAGGCGUGCCUGAACGCUCCCGAGCCGACCAGCAACGACAACGGCGUCGACGGCCCCGACCAGGUCGACUCCCCCGAGGAGCCGCCCCAGCCUCACAUGCCCCCCCAGGCCGCCCGUCCCGCCGGCAUACCGCAGAACCCUCACAUGCCGGCCGGCAACUACAUGCCCCCCAACAUGUCGAUGGACCCCCAGCAUGCCAUGGCCUACCAAGACUACGUCCAGCGGAAUCAGGGCUACCCUGGUGGUCUCCCCCCUCAGCCGGGAAUGCCGCCCAACAGUCACCAGUCAUAG